AGCUCAAAGAUUACAAUGGCAUCUGCUGGUAAUGGAAGUGAUGAUGUAAAUAACCUGACAGAUGAAUUUAGUGGCAUGGAACUUAAAACUCAAAAAAACAUUACAGGAAAGGCAACAGUCACAUUCACUUCCAGCUGAUCCAGGUUCAAAAUCACAAGAGGCAAGUACAAGUCAAAACAGAGACAAUGUUUUUGAUGGAGAGGAAGAAUCACCUCAUGAUGACAGGCCACAAACAUUGGACAAACCCAGUUCUGAAGACAGCCAUAAGACUGAUAAGUUCUCUCACAAAACACCUGAGGCUGCUGAAGAUUCAGGUUCGGUGCAACAUAAAGCCAGCAUUAUGGACAGUGUGGAGGAUCGCACAUUGGACGAUGUAAAACACCUGCCUCUCAUUGACUCAGACACAGAAGCAGAAGACAUCCGUGUGAAAGCGCUUUUUGAGGUAGAAGUCUUGGAUUCAAGGAAAAAGUCAAAAAGGAAAGUCAGGGCAAAUAGUUCUAGAUCCCUAAAGCUUGAUGCAUAUCAAUGGCAAUAUCUGACAUCACAAACAAAUCUUUGGAACAAAGUAAAUAAGGGUCAUGAACACUUAAUGGCCAGUAUUGUGAAUAUUUCAGUACCAGAGCAUAAUCAUGUGAUUGUUUCCUUUCAAGGAAAUAGGGGGAAAACAUUUUCAUUUGAUGAAUUUUGAUGAGUGGAUGAAUUUGGUCUGUGAAAUCUUAAAUAGAUAUGAUAAUUUCAUCAUCUGGAAGAAACUCUGUUUCAAGGAAACAUUUGAUGUUGCAAGGAAAAAUACUUUCAAAAGAACAUUUUGUUGGUCUAAAUGUCAUAUUCAUACCAGAAAUGGAUGAUACCUCCAUUGUUAUAGUCACUGAUAAAGAAAAUAAGGAAAAGGUAUCUAGUGCCAUGGAGCUGAAUUAAGGAAGCUCAUCCCUGGUACAUCACAGGAUGCUUCCAGUGAAGAAGAAUUGGGAUGAACAGAGCAAAGUUCCAGAUCAAACCAAUGCAGAGGCAAGGGAAAAUGUCACAGAACAACCAGAGGAAAAUGCAAUUGGUAAUCAGGAGCAACAGGGCUCACACACUCAGGAAUCAUUUGAGAAUCAAGCACAGAAGGCCAAAACAACAAAUCAAGCUUCCCAAAAUGGAUCAACAAAAGCAUGAGUGUCAGUGAUAAUCAGCCUUCACAACAGAAGACAAACACAAGAAAGUCCAGAUUGCACUAAUCAUGGAUGCAGAUGGGUUUGCCAAAUGUGAGAAAAGUUUUUCGACAUGGAAAAAUGUUUCUUCUAACUUUGAAAAGAUGACUCAACACACAGUUAUGGCCAAUCAACAAAUGAUCAUUUGUGAGGGAUACGAUCAUUGUGUUCAAGAUUUUAUCAGUCAAGUAACUAAUGUACUGUCUGUAAAGCCUUUCACUCUGGAUGAAUGGUCCCGUCACAACCCAGCCACUGUAGUUUUGACCCUGCCAGAUAAAGAUCUCAAAAUUCUGUUGAACAAUAAAGCUGUUCAAAGUGAAGUUUCUAAACAACUGUUGGCUGCAAACUUUGUUUGUCACAUUGA